GCUGCUACUGCGAGAGCGAGACUGUUUCUCUCUCAUUUCAUCCUCUCAAUCCCUAGAUUCUAUGUUUUAGUGUCACUGCUAGAAUUCUGAAUUGGGAACGGGAGAGAUCCAGUAAGAGAGAGAAUUUAAUAUCGCCAUGGCCAAAAGUUCCUUCAAGCUGGAGCACCACCUUGAGAGAAGGCAGGUUGAAGCUGAUCAUAUCAGGGAAAAAUAUCCAAACAGAAUUCCGGUUAUUGUCGAGAAGGCAGAGAGAAGUGACAUACCAGACAUUGGCAAGAAGAAGUAUUUGGUUCUGGCUGACUUGAAUGUUGGGCAGUUUGUUUAUGUGGUUCGAAAGAGAAUAAAGCUCAGUGCUGAGAAGGCCAUAUUUAUAUUUGUAAAAAACAUUUUGCCACCUACUGCUGCCAUGAUGUCUGCUAUUUAUGAGGAAAACAAGGAUGAAGAUGGUUUUCUUUACAUGACUUAUAGCGGGGAGAACACAUUUGGAUUGUUCUGAGGGAAAUCAAUAUGGAAAAUUUGAAAUGUGUAAAUAA